UAAAGACGUAAUGCGACCGAAUCUUGAGGCUGAAAGCAAGUCUAAUAGAAACGAAUUUUCAUAAAAUGUGUGACUAAAUUAAAGUCCGAUUCAGUCACAGCUAACUUAAUACGAAAAUAGUUUAUAAUUUGCAAUCUGGUCGCAUUUUCUUCAUGAGACUGAUUGUAUAAAAUCAACUUUGCUUAGUACAUUUUUAUUAGACAGAGUAAAGUCUUGUCCAGCUCAAAAUUUUAUUUAUUUUUAUGAAGUUAUUCAUCAGUUAAACAUUUUUUUUCCAUGAUGGAUUGUUUUAGUUACAAUUCAUCAUGUGCGACUCCGUCGGCUGGGGUAGCUCCAGGACUGUUUAUGUCGGCUAUCCAAUAUAUAGCUGCAUUACAAUGUGGUGUGACAGAAGGCUUAAUACCAGAUUCCGUGGGACUGGAGACUGGAGAAAACUUUGACUUCAUAAUCGUGGGAGCUGGAACUGCUGGCAGUGUGUUGGCGAACAGAUUGAGCGCUGAAUCAGAAUGGAAUGUUUUACUGAUCGAGGCUGGUGAUGAUGCUCCAAUUGAAGCUGAUAUCCCAAACCUGCAUACAUCGUAUUAUGGCUCAAGUUUCGAUUGGAAUUACACGACGGUUCCUAAUGGCAGAACAAACUUAGCUAACAUAGAUGGUUCUAUAACAUGGCCACGUGGUAAAAUGAUGGGUGGAAGUAGUAAUAUGAACGCCAUGAUCUACGUACAAGGAAAUGACCAAGACUAUCAAAACUGGUUUGACCUCGGUAACCCAGAAUGGAGUGUCGAAGAAGUCCGUCGGUGUUUUAGGAAAGCAGAAAGUUUACAAGAUAUGAACAUGUUGAAGAAUCGUCAAAUUUCCAAACAUUAUGGGCAUGACGGACCAUUAGUCAUAAAUUCAUUUAAUUUUACUUAUCCACAUGUUACAAAGAAAAUAUUGUCAGUUUGGAACAAAAUAGGCAUUAAGAAUGUGCCCGAUUAUAAUGUCGCAAACGCAUUAGGAUCUGGUCUCAUGAGAGCCACAGCUGCUUCUGGAGAAAGACAAAGUCACAAUAAGGCUUAUUUAAACCCGAUUCUUGGAAGGAAAAACCUAAAAAUUUUGAAAAAUAGCUUAGUGACAAAAUUGUUAUUUAAGAAUAAUUCUACAACUGUUCAUGGAGUUGAGGUAGAACGUGACUCAAAAACAUUGAAAUUUUAUGCUACAAAGGAAGUUAUUGUAAGUGCGGGUACUGUAAACUCACCCAAGCUAUUGAUGCUGUCUGGUAUUGGACCCAAACAACAUCUCACUUCUAAGGAAAUCCCAGUUAUAGUUGAUUCUCCAAUGGUAGGACAAAACUUACAGGAUCACGUUAUGAUUCCCGUCAUGAUAUUUUGUGAUGAAACUGGAGAACAAACUGAAGCUGAACAACAAUUUGAUGUCAUUCGCUAUCUUUAUAACCGCACGGGGUAUUUGUCUCAUAGCCCUCUUGUAAAUACUCUAUCAUUUUACUCUGAAAAUUCAAAAGCCACUUAUCCCAUGUUCCAAAAUCAUGUUGUAUUGUUAUGGAAAAAUAGUAGCUUUAUUGAACAAAUUUUAAACUCCUGGUUCCGGUACAAAUCCCAAGUAUCAGAACCACUGAUUGAACUUAACAAAAAACAUUCAACUUACAUGUUCACGUUUCAUCUUUUACAUCCUCAAUCAAGAGGGAGUAUUUAUUUAAAAUCGAACGAUCCACAAGAUGAUCCAAUAAUAGACCCGAACUAUUUCAGUGAUCCGAUAGAUUUAGAAUUAGCAGCAACUGGAAUUAGAAAGCUGACUAAAGUAUUGAACACAUCAGAGUUCAGAGCAAUAAAGGCAUUUUUAGCAAGAAUGGAAUGGCCACCAUGUGAUGUUUACGAAUUAGACAGUAGAGAUUAUUGGAAGUGUGUUUGUUUGGAGAUGGCCUAUACCGUAUAUCAUCCGGUAGGAACAUGUCAUAUGGGACCAGAUCCAAAGAAAUCAGUAGUAAAUAGUCGAUUGAAAGUCCAUGGAGUCCGAAACCUUCGUGUGAUAGAUGCCAGCAUCAUGCCAACACUGACCAGUGGUAACACUAACGGUCCAACUGGAAUGAUUGGAGAAAGAGGAGCAGAGUUAAUACUGGAAGACUACAACAAAUUGUGAUUUAUUUCUAAGUACAAACGAAUCACAAUUUAUAAACCUGUGUGGUAUUCAUUUCAUAUUCAUUUAUUGCCUUAUGUCUAUCCAUAUAAAUCGAAGAUUCUCUUGUCCUAUGCAUCACAAUAUAUCGAUUGUAACAGACUUGACAAAUGAAAUAAACUAAUGGUGUAAUUGUAAUAAUUAUUUAU